UUUUUUUUUUUUUUUUUGUGAUUUUUUGACAGCACAAUGGCGAGCAACAUUUGCCCUCGAUGCACCAAAGCAGUCUACAUGGCUGAAGAGAUCCUCGCCUGCGGCCACAAGUGGCACAAGGCGUGCUUCCUCUGCAAGGUGUGCAACAAGCGCCUCGACAGCACCACUGCCACCGACAAGGACGGCCAGGUCUACUGCAAGAGCUGCUACGGAAAAGAGUUCGGACCCAAGGGCUACGGCUAUGGCGGUGGCGCUGGCACCCUCAGCAUGGACAACGGUCGCCAGGUCGGCGGCUCAGCAGCCGGUCCCGCCAGCUCGGGCCCCACCGUCGACGAGGAGGGUCGCAUUGUGAACGUCUCGUCGGGCGCGAACGGCGAGUGCCCUCGCUGCGGCAAGGCCGUCUACUUGGCCGAGAAGAUCAUUGGCGCUGGUAGCUCAUGGCACAAGUCGUGCUUCAUGUGCGCCAACUGCCGAAAGGGUCUUGAUUCGACCACAGUGGCUGACAACAGUGGUCAGAUCUACUGCAAGGCGUGCCACGGCAAGUUCUUUGGCCCGAAGGGCUUUGGCUACGGCCAGGGCGCUGGUGCUCUCACCAACACUCAAUGAGAUUUCCGUCAACACUUGAGGGCCCCUCUUCCGUCGUGACAAUUUCGGUUGCUGUAGUUUCGGCUUUCGUCUGUGAUGCUUUGUUCCCAAACGAACCGAGAUUUUUCAACUGAAAGCAAUCCAUCUGCAAUCCAUCUGAGC